AGACAUCACCAUUUUUUACCUUCUUCUCCAGCUCGCAUACACCAUCUAAUCCCUUCCCUUCCUCCAGCUCGUAUACACCAUUCUUUCCGUGUAAUGGCGACCACAGCUGCAGCUACAACGAAAGACCUCCUCCGCCUUUCUGUAUCCUCCACGCCCAAGCUCUCAUUCACCCACACUAGAUUCCCCACUGUCCGCACUUUCUCUUCUCGGCCCAAACGUCUCCGCAAGAAAACCCUAUGUAUACCCCUUUCAAAGGCCGUAGAAAUCAAAACCGAACCGGAUAAAUCUCAGCCGCAGAAGGGAAAUCAGGACCCGAACUCCCUCCUCCUUGAUGUCUCUGGCAUGAUGUGCGGGGCCUGCGUCUCCCGAGUCAAGGGGAUCUUGUCGUCAGACGAGCGAGUCGAUUCGGCCGUGGUCAACAUCUUGACGGAGACGGCGGCGAUCCGGCUGAGGUCGGACUGGGCGGUGGGCCCGGAGGCGGCCGCGGAUGAUCUGGCGAAUCGGCUGACAGAGUGCGGGUUCCCAUCGAAGAGGCGGGAGGCUGGGAUGGGGAUUGGGGAGAAUGUCAGGAAGUGGAAGGAGAUGGCAGAGAAGAAGGAGGUUCUGCUGAGGAGGAGCCAGAGCCGGGUGGCAUUCGCGUGGACGCUGGUCGCACUGUGCUGUGGGUCCCAUGCAACGCAUCUGUUGCAUUCGGUCGGGAUUCAUGUCGCUCAUGGAUCGUUUAUGGAGAUAAUGCACAAUUCAUAUGUGAAAUGCGGGUUGGCUUUGGUUUCUCUGUUUGGACCAGGCAAAGACUUGCUAUUCGAUGGCGUGAGGGCAUUCACAAAGGGAUCACCAAAUAUGAAUUCUCUUGUUGGAUUUGGAUCUGUUGCUGCAUUCGUAAUAAGCACAGUGUCAUUGCUAAACCCUGGGCUUGAAUGGGAUGCAUCAUUUUUUGAUGAACCGGUCAUGCUUCUUGGUUUCGUACUUCUUGGACGUUCACUCGAAGAAAAAGCAAGGCUUCAGGCUUCCAGUGAUAUGAAUGAACUCUUAUCACUAGUAUCAUCUCAAUCACGAUUAGUGAUUACUUCCUCCGAAGGCAAUACCUCAGCUGAUAAUGUGCUUAGUGCUGAUGCAAUUUGUGUUGAAGUCCCCACUGAUGAUGUUCGAGUUGGAGACUCAGUAUUGGUUUUACCUGGCGAAACUAUUCCUGUAGAUGGGAGGGUUCUUGCUGGCAGAAGUGUUGUUGAUGAAUCCAUGCUCACUGGAGAAUCUCUUCCUGUAUUUAAGGAAAGGGAUCUUGUUGUUUCAGCUGGAACAAUAAAUUGGGAUGGUCCUUUAAGGAUUGAAGCCUUGACGACUGGCUCUAUGUCAACAAUUUCCAAGAUCAUUCGCAUGGUCGAGGAUGCUCAAGGCCAUGAAGCACCUAUCCAAAGGCUCGCAGAUGCAAUUGCAGGGCCUUUCGUGUACAGUGUGAUGACGCUGUCUGCAGCAACAUUUGCUUUCUGGUAUUAUGUUGGUACUCAAGUCUUUCCAGAUGUCCUUCUCAAUGAUAUUGCUGGACCUGAUGGGAACUCAUUGCUUUUAAGCUUGAAACUCUCUGUGGAUGUAUUAGUAGUUUCUUGCCCUUGUGCACUUGGCCUUGCUACGCCUACAGCUAUCCUAGUAGGGACCUCCCUCGGUGCAAAACAAGGACUUCUUAUAAGAGGAGGAGAUGUCUUGGAACGUUUGGCUGGCAUAGAUGUUGUUGCUUUAGACAAAACAGGAACCCUCACGGAAGGAAAACCUGCUGUCACUGCUGUGGCUUCUUUGGUUUAUGAUGAGUCUGAAAUUCUUCGGCUUGCUGCUGCUGUGGAGAAAACAGCAUCACAUCCAAUUGCAAAGGCUGUCUUAAACAAAGCAGAGUCGAUGAACUUGGAAAUCCCUACCACAACUGGACAAUUAACAGAACCCGGCUUUGGAUCCUUAGCGGAAGUAGAUGGGUCCUUAGUUGCAGUAGGUACAAUGGAAUGGGUUCAUGAACAUUUUCAGAAAAAAUCAACACAGUUUGAUUUAAUGGAGCUGAAAAAUCGGAUCACGCAUCUAUCUUCAAAUGUCAUAUCUCAAUCCAACCAUUCAAAAUCAGUUGUUUAUGUCGGGCGCGAAGGAGAAGGCGUCAUUGGUGCAAUUGCCAUAUCAGAUAUCUUACGUUCUGAUGCACAAUCUACAGUAAAUAGGCUGCAGCGGAAGGGCAUCAAACCAAUCCUUUUGUCGGGCGACAGGGAAGAGGCAGUGGCAAGCAUCGCCAAGGCAGUUGGAAUAGAAAGUGAAAGUGUCAAUGCAAGCUUAACUCCACAGCGGAAAUCAGGCAUUAUAUCAAGUCUGCAAGCUCAGGGGCACCGUGUUGCGAUGGUGGGUGAUGGUAUAAACGAUGCGCCUUCUUUGGCCCUUGCUGAUGUUGGGAUUGCUUUGCAAAUCGAGUCAAAAGAAAAUGCUGCCUCUGAUGCAGCAUCUGUAAUUCUUCUUGGUAACAGGCUUUCGCAGAUUGGGGAUGCUCUGGACCUUGCAAAGGCAACGAUGGCCAAAGUCCAUCAAAAUCUGGCAUGGGCGGUUGCAUACAAUGUUGUGGCUGUUCCCAUUGCUGCUGGGGUAUUGCUUCCGCAUUUUGAUUUCGCCAUGACACCUUCACUUUCUGGAGGGUUGAUGGCUUUGAGCUCUGUAUUUGUAGUCAGCAACUCACUACUUCUACAGCUUCACGGAUCUUCCUCAAGAAAAAUGAGCUAGCUGUUCUGUAACACGUUCUCUCAAUAAACUUUGUCAUUUAGACGGUCAGGAUUGUAUCAGCCUUGAACGCAUUUGUGAACCGUGUACCCAAUGGAAUUAUAUUCAUGGGGCCUUCUUUAUUAACACCACAGUAGGCAUUUCAAAAUUU